AUGAAUACUUUAAAUAAAUUACUUAAAGGAUUAACAAUUAAAAAUAAUUUUUUAUUUGAACAAAUUAAAUCUGCUUCACAUUUUAAUUUUUAUCCAACAAAAAAUUUAAAUGAAGAAAAUAAAGAGAAAAUAAAUUUAUGUCAAGCAAUUAAUCAGGCUUUAAAUAUUGCUUUGGAAGAAGAUCCAAAUUCUGUUUGCUUCGGCGAAGAUGUUGCUUUUGGGGGUGUUUUUAGAUGCUCUGUUGGAUUGCAAAAUAAAUUUGGCAAAGAAAGGGUAUUUAAUACUCCAUUAUGUGAACAAGGAAUUGUUGGAUUUGGAAUUGGAUUGGCCGUUACUGGUAGUAAUGCUAUUGCAGAAAUACAAUUUGCUGAUUAUAUAUUCCCGGCUUUUGAUCAAAUUGUAAAUGAAGCAGCAAAAUAUCGUUACCGAAGCGGGAAUCAAUUUAACUGUGGAAAAUUAACAAUUAGAGCAACUUGGGGUGCUGUUGGACAUGGGGCAUUAUACCAUUCUCAAUCACCUGAAGCUUAUUUUAGUCAUACACCUGGUUUGAAAAUUGUAAUUCCUAGAGGACCUUCUCAGGCAAAAGGACUUCUUCUUUCUUGUAUUGCAGAUCCAGAUCCUUGUAUUUUUUUCGAACCAAAGAUUCUUUACAGAAAUGCAGUUGAAGAUGUCCCCAUUGGAAAAUAUAUUUUGCCUUUGGGGAAAGCUGAGAUUGUUAGAGAAGGUAAAGACGUAACCCUUGUUGGUUGGGGUACUCAACUUCACGUUCUUAUGGAAACUGCUGAUUUGGCCGAAAAAGAUUUGGGUAUUUUAUGUGAAGUUAUUGAUCUUCAAACAAUAAUUCCUUGGGACGUUGAAACUGUUGCAAAGAGUGUAACAAAAACUGGCCAUUUACUAAUUUCUCACGAGGCCCCAAAAACUUGUGGAUUUGGGGCAGAAAUGGCAGCAACUAUCCAAAAGGAAUGUUUUCUUAAUCUUGAAGCACCAAUUGAAAGAAUUUGUGGUUGGGACACUCCUUUCCCUCAUGUUUAUGAACCUUUUUAUCUUCCAACAAAAUGGAGAUGUUUGGAAGCAAUUAAAAAGUUAAUUAAAUAUUAG